UUGAAUGGUUGGUUGAUCAUCACAAACUUCAGGCAUGCCUGACGUACUCUUGGUGGUAGCACUUGUCUUCGUAACCCUCCUAGACCAUGUCGAUUGUAAACAACCCAAUAUAGUAAUAAUAGUAGCAGAUGACCUGGGAUACAACGAUGUAGGAUUCAGAGGAUCUAUUGCACUGACUCCAAAUAUUGAUAGACUUGCUAACAAGAGUGUGAUUCUGGAGAAUCACAUCGUAGCUGCUAGCUGCUCUCCUACUCGAUCUGCUCUUAUGACUGGUCGGUAUCCAAUCCGAACAGGAUUCUGGAAGGGAAAUAUCAAACCAAUGGAGGAGUUUGGAUUGGGAUUGGAUGAGACCUUGCUCCCUGAGAUGCUGAAAACAAACGGAUACUCAACACACGGCGUAGGAAAAUGGCAUCUCGGUAUGCAUACUUGGGAACACACGCCUGCAAAGAGAGGUUUCGAUACCUGGUUUGGUUUGUACAACUGUCAACAGGAUUAUUUCAAACAUACAUUCAAGGGCAAGACAGACUUUAGGGAAAACUAUUACGAUGAGAAUAGUAAUUUAGUUGACGACGUACGGAAUGAUCUAACGGGACAGUAUAACACAUAUCUGUUCACUGACAAGUCAAUUGAGCUCAUCCAAAACCACAACCAAAGCAACCCCUUCUUUCUUUAUUUAGCAUACACUGCACCUCAUGUUCCCCACCAAGCUUCUAAGGAAGAUGUAGAAAGAUUUGCCUCACACAUUCCUAAAAAUACUCGUCAAAGAGAAGAGAGACAAAUAUAUACGACUCAGAUAUCUGUAAUGGAUGAAGGGAUAGGAAAAGUAAUUGACACUCUACGUCUGAAAGGAAUGAUGGACAACACUGUUUUGUUAUUCACUUCAGACAAUGGAGCACAUAAUUUCGGAAGCAACUAUCCUCUGAGAGGAGGUAAGAGAUCUUAUCUGGAAGGAGGCGUCAGAGCAGUAUCCUUUGUGCACAGCCCACUCCUUGAAAAGUCUGGUUACACCAACACCAACUUACACCAUGUGACUGAUUGGUAUGCUACAUUCCAGAAACUAGCGGGAGACAACCCAGAGGAGCACAGUAAACCACAGUUACCAAUAGACGGAGUUGACAUCUGGAGAUCUAUCAAUAAUAACGAAUCUUGCCGCGAUGAGAUUCUUUAUGAAUUAAGGGAUCCUUCUAAAAGGCUGGACUCGGAAGGCAGAAAUGGACUUGACAAUGCCAAAAAAUAUCCAAUCAACCUCAAAACAUUUGAAGCAAAAUUCCGCAAAGUAGAACAUAAAUUGUCUUACGACGCGCAAGACUUUUUCGUUAUUCGAUGGAAGAAUUGGAAGCUUCUUGUCGGCACAGGAAUAAUGCUCCAAGGAUGGACUUCAGAAAGUGGACAGAGAGACGAAUACGAACAAUUCAUAAGUUACGGAGGAAAAAUGCAUCCUUGGUGCAUAGUGUCUGGAACAUUCCUUUUCGAUCUGUCCACAGAUGUCAGAGAGGAACACAAUGUAGCUGAUAAAUAUCCUGAUAUGUUGAAGAAAUUGCUGGAUAAAAAACAAGGAUAUUUGAACAAGAUGAAGACGGUCGAAGAACGGAAUUUUUCAGAUAAAGGUAAGGUUGAUGGAGUUUGGAAACCCUGGGUAGAACUAUAAAAUGGUUGAAUGUGAAGUUGUUAAACAAUGAUAUUUUUGCAAUAUACCUUAUCGGACCUUAUUUGGACGGACAUUACAUGAACGGACAUAAUUGUGAACGGACAUUAAUAUGAACGCUCGAAGGCAUUCAAAACCAUCAAAAAUCCGAAUUUUUUUCAAUUUUUGACGUUUUUUUAAUUUCAGCAAAUG